ACAGUUCAUGUCGAGACUCCCAAAGUAAACAAUGUGUCUUCACCAUCUUCAUCUUCAUCUUCAUCAGUAAAGUUCUGCAGAAGAACGAGCCCUGUGGUUUUUAACAUUACAAAGUUUGUGUGUGUGUGUGUGUGUGUGUGACGUCACGGGCUCGUCCUCCUGCAGGGACGUGUGAGGAAGAGGAGGAGGAGAAGUUAGGAGCAGGACAGACUCUGGUCCUCAGUGUGAUCUUCCUCUCCGCUGCAGACAUGUUGGACACCCUCACCUUCCUCCUGGAGAAACUCUUCCUCCUGGCUCACAUCAAGCUCUCCUCCCGUCUGCAGACGCCGCUCACCGGCCGCUGUGAGCGGGACGACGCUCCGCCGCAGCCUGCCGCUCCUCCGCACAGGUUCCAGCGGGGAGACCUGCUGGAGGUGCCGCGGACCCUCUUCACCCACUUCGGCAUCUACCUGGGCGAGAACCGGGUGGCACACAUGAUCCCAGACAUCCUGCCGGUGCUGACGGCGGAGCGGCGGCAGAUCCAGGAGAUGGUGACGAACACGCGGCUGCUGCUCGGGGUCCUCUCCAAGCGCGCCUCCGUGCGCGUGGACCUGGUGGAGGACUUCGCGUACGGAGCCGUGAUCCGGCUGAACGCCAUGGACCGGGCGGUGCUCCGCAGCCCGCUACCCGGGGAGGAGGUGGCCCAGCGGGCGGAGCUGAUGCUCGGCUCCGUGUCCUACAGCCUCCUCUGGAACAACUGCGAGCACUUCGUCACGCACUGCCGCUACGGGAGCGCGCAGAGCCUGCAGACUGACCAGUUCUGUGAGUGGCUGAAGCUGCUGAUCCUGGCCCAGCGUAACGUCCUCCUGACGGCUCUGCUCGGCCUCCUGUCCAUGGUGUGUUUGGGGAUAACCUUCAGCACGGCCCUGCCCACCCUCGUCAUCCCCUUCACCCUGUGGAUGGCCAGUUAGAAACUUCAGGUCACCACGGAAAGAGGCCCAUCCUCCGACAGAGAGGACGGAGUCGUCUGCAAACGAUCUCCUCCAAGUGAAUAACUCGGUAGUGACAGACACUAAAUCCACUUGUAGCUCUUUGUUUCUGCUGCACAUGAACUUUAUUAACAUCUCUAUUUGCUUAGAAUUAACAGCAGAGGAAGAAACUAGCAAUUCACAUUAGCAGCAUUAUCCAUCAGGACUAGACUGAUAGAUAAAAGAAGGCAAAGAGGUAUUUUUAUAAAGUUUUAAAGACUGUAAGUUUCGUGGAUAUCCCAAAUUGAAACUGUGACGUUUAACGGACCAAAGAUCAACUUUCUGAAAAUUUAAGUUUCCUUUUUUUCACAGUUUUUUAUAAAAAUGUUUCAGAUUUUUCUGCCACAUGAAACCGGAUAAUGUCAGAAUCUUCGCAGCCUGAUUGGCCGUCAGAUUCGUCAAAUCAGGUUUGUUAGUUUUGUCAAAAGCUGAAACAAGUCAAGGGUUUAUUGUAAAAACAAAUAACGACGUGUUCGUCCACCUCAAUGAAGUGGGAGAUGUCGAGGACUAGUUAAAGCGGUGGAUGAAUGUACACCUCAGGUUUUGAUUCUUGUUUGUGGGAAACCUCGACGUUGGUUUGUGUUUUAACAUUCAAAUAAUCACUGGUUCAGUUCAUUAAUUCCACCUUAAAUUUUCAUGUUUUAAAUGAAAUAGCGAUCAUUCUCAGUCUUCUACACAUGAAAUAACAAACGUUUGUUGACCCUGAAAAGACUGAGAAAGAAAUCUUGAAAGAAAAUCAUGAAUCUUCUGUUUGGGGAUCUUUAACCCCGUCUUGCUCUUGAAAAAUUUGAGGCUUUUAUUCAGUGUUUGUGGCUCAUCAGUUUUUCAACAUGAACAACUUGAAAUCAAGUUAGAAAAACACAAAUCUUGACUGUACACCACAGUUAUAAUAAUAUGUUUCUUUACACUGUUGCCUUCCGUCCCUGAAGCUCUUUUGUAAAUAUCUGUAAAUAUAUUUGUUGACCCGAUUGUUUAUAACAGUCACAAGCUUCUGUACAGAAUGUAUUUUUUUUACAAUGCUGUAACCCUUUAUACCGUGUUUAUGUAAAUAAAAGAAACGGAGACAACGCA